GGAUAUAAAGUAUUAACACAACAAUACUGGAGAGCAGUACUUAGAUUGUAAGCUCUUGUAAGUAUGGUCCUCCUACUUCCAAUUUCUGGUACUGCAAUGGGCUACAAUAAGAAAAAUUGCUGUCUCUGAUAUACUUAAUUGUUAUUAUUCCUUCCCUGGGGAGGCUGCUAUAACCCUGUAAUACCCCAUCAGUACUUCAUGUACAUCCAUUCAUUCACAGGAAGCUAUAUAAUGAAUAAAGCUAUGGUAGAUGCAGAAGAAAUAAGGCACAAAUACAGUUUGCUGUAUACAGCUAAACUGUUUGGAAUCUGGACAGCUUUUUACUACAUGUCAAGACAUGAUACAAGUUUGCAAUAAACAUUCUACUAUAUAUUCUGCUCUAGUAUACAGCAGCAUCACUAAAAAGCUUACCCGUGCUAUUACCAUAAUGGCUAGCUGUGCAAAGCCAAGUCAUUAGCUCAGCAUGUGAAACACAUUGUUCAGAGAUUUGACACCAGCUGCCUACUUGAAAGGGCAUUUUCAUUCAAUGCCUUCUAAAACACCCUUAAUAAAGAAGCUUUUGAGAAGCUGUUGGGUGAGGGGGCUAGGGAUGUCUAUUUAAAGGCAUUGUGUUUGAGGAGAAGGCAUUAAAGCACAAGCCCUACAAGAAGAAACAUGGGUACAGUUUGGCUCUGGAUAUGCCUGGUUAUACAGGUUUCUUGGACUUUUCCCAUGCACUUUAGGAAACAUAAUGGACUCACAUUGCUGAGAAACAAAGUGGAAAGCCCUGGAGAUCCUAAUAACUUCAUCAAAAUAAGCAGAACUGAACAUCACUUGAAGGAAAGGAUGGAUACCUUCCUGGAGAUAAUUGGUGGGAGACGUAGCAAUAGGCAGGACAUACUGAAAUACCAUCGGGCGCAGUGUACAUACAUGAGCCAACCAUGGACACGGAGCCAGGAUAUAAUUUACCAACAGGAUCCCAGUGCUAUGUUCUUGUUUAGAGUAUUUACAGGGCCCCUGAGACCAACGUUUCCUCAUCAGAAUCUUUUCAGAUACAUGAGCAGAAUUUAUCGGUGCUGCAAACUAGGGUUCACCUGUAAGAGGGUAAAAGGACUUCAAGGAACAUGGGCUCGUGGUGCUGGGAAGAAGGAAGUGGAAUUUUCCAUUGACUCCGAAAUCAUUAAUCUUUCGAUUCUAAGGGCUGAACUCCAUUUGGAAGUGUCUUUAAGAAGUAACCAGCUCAGUGUUGUUCCAGUCCUUACAGCAAAAGGCGUUACUUUUUCAAGCUUCACAGAAUUAAGGAGUGACCAUGGCAUGGAUCUAGCACUGGAUGUAAUGUUCCUAUUGCAAAUGUUAAAGGAAACGGAUACUGAGGAAAUGAUGAAUGAAGAAGUAACAGAGCUGAGCCUGGCAUUGCACUGCUUUCACAAUGAGCUCCCAGUUCCUUGCCAUCUCUAUGGGGUAUCACUGCUUCACCCACCCUUUCUAGCUCUUCAGUAUGAAUGAUAACUUAAUAUAUUGGAUGCACGUUUCAAGAAGCAGUGCACAUUGGAAGCUAAUUGAGCAAAGAGAUGCGUCAUUAAUACUUCCAUGUUGUACUCUGUCUUCAUAUACAACUUGAUGAGUGGACUGUAAUAUGCUAAAAUAGCCAGGGUGCCUUUUGGAAGUCAGAAAGAAAUUACUCAUCUGUUUAUGGAUAUCCAUCAUAUUAUAAGUAGUUGGGGCAAUUAGCCUUCCAUUUAUUUGCCUGGUGUCUAAUUUGUAUCAAUGGCAAAAGAGAAAUCUGGCACAUCUCUUAGUUAUUCUUACUUUCCAUGUAUUUUGUAAGCAGAAAGCUGUCUGGUCUCCUUGAAUAAUGCAGCUGAAUGCUUCUUUCAUAUACUGUCCAUAGUCCGUUAUCAAUUCCAUAGCUAUAUGAACCUCUCUGGCAUGCACUCCUUUACUAAUGAAUAACUAAGGCUAGUCACCCUUUCCUUAUAGUCUAUAAAAUCAGAGUGCAAGGUCUUGUUCUAGCACUUGUUUUAUUAUGCGACAAGAUGUUAUUCUCUGAAAUUAGAAAGCCAUAAAGCGGCACACCAAUCUAAGCCAAUCAGCUUACAAAGACUGUGAUGGUAUAGCAAUGGCCAUGAAGCCAUACGUUAGAGGACAUAAUCCCAAUGACAGUAUGCAGCAGCUAUGUGGAAUACAUGCCCAUAUAUGUAUUUUGUUUUAUUAUUUAUUUAUAAAAAGGCAAAACUAUUUAAUGGUGUUAAAACAGGAAUAAAAAAAGGAAAUGGGGGCAAAGACAAUUUCAUUUAGUGAACAGUCCAUAUAGAGUAGAUAUCAGAAGAACCCCCUAGUGACCAAAAGAGGGUAAAACAUGUACCAACUUCUGUGCUAUUAAAAAAGGAGUAAAACUUUGUUUAUAUAAUUCCAUUAAAAACUUUAACAGCCCCAUGCGGAUAGCCUAACGUGCUUUAUGCUUACCCAAGCACUUGGGAGCCUAUGAUUAAGCAUGAAACACGUUAGGCUAUCCACAUGGGGCUGUUAAUGUUUUUAAUGAUUUAAAAUAAACAAAGUUUUACUCUUUUUUAAGUAGCACAGUUUAUAACUGGUACAUAUUGAAUGGUGUUGUACAAAUGAGAAACUAAAAUCAGCCGUAGUCUACAAAGAUUCCGACAGACGUCAGGGUUCUACUGUAGGUAUGAAAUAAAUUGAAAUAAUCACAGCUCUUAACAACUUAGCAUAAAAGGAAUUCAUUCCCCUUGUCAUUAUUAUCUAGCCACUGUGAGACCAACAUGUAGGUACAUUAGAGGUGACAAAGGUACAAACCAUAACUGAACUGUAACUAAAAGUAUAACCAAAAUGUUUUGCCACUUUAUAGGGAAAACUGAAAAUAUUAUUUUUCCUGAGCAGUUUUCCCAGAACACCGCCACCAUAAUCUGACAAACUAUAAUUACCUAAGGAGGCAAAAAUGUAUUUAUAGGAAAGCAUUUGUAAGCAGCUGAAAUAUAUUUCCAUAUCCUUUGUUAUAAAAGUCAUUGUAUGUGCACUUUCAUGUGAGGUAAAUAUGUAUAUAGAUAUUCUCUUAUUCAUUACCUGUUGGUUUUAUAUGCAAUUAAAUCAGCUUAAAAAAUGA